GCUCUCGGCGCCGCGAGGCCGAGCGCUCCGCCGCCGCCGCCGGGCCCCCGCCGAGGGGGCGGGCAGCCACCGGGCCUUUAAGCGCGGCCGCGGCCGUCGCGGGGCCGCCGAUGCGCGGGAGGGGACAGCGGCGGCGAGGGGCGAUCCGCCGCCGCCCCCCGGCAGCAUGAGGCGGGCGCGCCGCUGAGCGGCCCCGGCAGCACCGGGCGGCCCCGGGCCGCGCCAUGACCUCGGCGCGGGAGGCGGCCGCGACCCCCCCGCUGCCCGAGGAGCGCCGCCGGGCCGCGCUGGAGCAGCUGCCGCCGCCCGCGCACUGCAACAAACCGCUGACGCCGUUCGGCAUCGAGGACAUCCUCGCGCGGCCCUCCCCCCCCGCGCACGGCGCUCCCCCGGCCCGGAUCCCGGAGAAGGCGGCGGGCCCCGCACCGCCCCGCACCGCCCCGUCCUCGCCGCUGUGCGCGCUGGAGGAGCUCGCCAGUAAGACGUUCCGCGGGCUGGAGCUGAGCGCGCUGCGGGCGGCCGAAGGUCGGGACCCUCUGAGCGCCCUCGCGCAGCGCCCGACGUCGAAGAAGCGGCGCAAAUCGCGCACGGCGUUCAGCAAUCAGCAGCUCUUCGAGUUGGAGCGCCGCUUCGUGCGCCAGAAGUAUUUGUCCCCCGCCGACCGCGACCAACUGGCGCAGCGCCUGGCGCUCAGCUCCGCGCAGGUCAUCACCUGGUUCCAGAACCGCCGCGCUAAGCUCAAGCGCGACCUGGACGAGAUGCGCGCCGACGUGGCCUCUCUGCAGGCGCUGCGGCUGCGGGAGCCCCCCCCGGCCCCCCCCGGCCCCGCCGAGCUGUCCGAGGAGGAGAUCGACGUGGGGGCCUGAAAGGGAGGGAGGGCCGGGGGGGGGGGGGGGGGGGUUCGGUGCGGUGCUCCCGUUCUCUUUGUUUCCGCUUUAUUUCUCUUUUCUUGUAAUUUUAUUCCCCCCUCUCCCCCCCGCGUCCGUCCGUCGGCCGCCGCCGGGCCCCGGUCCGCCCCGUGUAUAUAUGUGGAAUAAAGGGGACAUCUCCUUAA